AUCGUCUUGGUAAAUUGAAACCGUGUUCGAAAUGGACCAAUAGAGAGCCCAUUCUCGUUUGGACUGUGAACUAGUCAGGACGCGCGCGGUGUCUGGCUGAUCUUGAUCGUAAUUUUAAAUUCAGAACGAAAACAAAUGGAGGACAAUGUAUUUAGUGAUUAUGGUACUGGCAGCGGCGGUUCGGCAAGAUCGUCAUGGGCGAGCUUGGAUUCGUGGCCAUCAGCAGCUCCGAAACAACAGCAGUUGGGUACGGCGGACGAACAAUGCCAGUAUCAAUCCGCAGAUCUACUAGAUUUGAUGGUAAAACGAAGCACGCUGCAAGAAAUGAUGAGCGAAUUCAAAAUGAACGGGUACGAUUGUCCGUACAAUCCGGACGAAGAUAAAAGGUCCAGCCGACCAGUAAAUCAUAUUGGCAUGGGUCCAUCGAGCGUAUACCUGCGACAGAAGUCUUGGCCCGAACCAGAGGCUACUCCAGCGCAGCGCUUGCCGCGACCCAAGUCAGAGUGGAUCCAGUCCACCACCGUGCCGGAUCUAUUGGAGCCACCAAUUUUUUUCGAUGAUGACGUCGGCAAGGCUCCUUCGAAUGUGUACCUGCGAGAGAAGUGGUCUGUACCAGCGCCAGAGCGGGAGAAGUGGUCUGAGUUUGAGCCAGAAAUUAUGAAGUCGCAGCCGCUGCCCCGUCCAAAGUCGGAAUGGAUCCAACCCACCACUGCGCCAGAUAUUACACAAGCUCACAAAUUCUUCGAUGAUCUGGAUCUGACAUUGCCCGUGAGACAGCUGGAAACUAUUACGGCGGAGCAAGUGCGAGUGUUGAACUCUCUGCCUAACGCCGUGUUGUACGGACUGCUGCGGGACCUAGAGCAGAAAAGGAACGAGACAGCCAGGAACAAACGAGUACCAGAUCAGGAAUGCCGAUUCUGCAAGAACAACGGCGAGCGUGAAUCGUACUACCGCUCGCACGUGCUGAAGGACGCCGGCGGCCGCGUGUCGUGCCCCGUGCUGCGCAAGUUCGUGUGCAAGCGGUGCGGCGCGAGCGGCGACCACGCGCACACCGUCAAGUACUGCCCGCUCAGCACGGAGGAGGAGCGCAUAAAAUCUACAGCCAUGAUGCGCAGCGUGCGGUUGGCGUCGGGGCGCCGCCGCGGACCGGUGGAGCCCGCGGGUGACUACGUCAUGUUCGGCGACACCACGCCCACCUUCCUGCGCGACUACCGCUCCUGCGCCCCGCUCGACCCCGUGUGGGCCGACUUGGAGCAAAAGUUGACUUUAUAUAGAUAUCAGCCCUGCUAGCAUGAGUUGCGUUCU